GGAGGAGCAAAGAUGGCGCUUGCAAAUCUUGCGUUCCUGUUGUUUUGUUUAGCUUUAUUUUGGCAGCAAAUUACCGCCUCCAGGCUUGUUUCUGAGCCGUGUUAUAAACCCAUCAGAGACCACAGACCGGACUCUGUCAAGACACAGGCCCGGCCGCAUGUAAAGGUGUCAGAGCUUCCUCCGUCAUGGGACUGGAGGAACAUUGACGGGAAGAAUUAUGUGAGCAUCACAAGGAACCAACACAUCCCCCAGUACUGUGGCUCCUGCUGGGCCAUGGGAGCCACCAGUGCGCUAGCUGACCGCAUCAACAUCAAGCGUGGAGGAGCGUGGCCGUCAGCGUACCUGUCCGUACAGAACGUGAUAGACUGCGGCAGGGCGGGUUCCUGUUAUGGAGGCGACCACCUGAGAGUCUACGCUUACGCACACGAAAGAGGCAUUCCUGAUGAAACCUGCAACAACUAUCAAGCCAAAAACCAAAAGUGUGAGCUGUUUAACCAGUGUGGGACAUGCUCCUUCUUUGAGUCGUGCGCUGUUGUGAAGAAUUACACCGUGUGGAAAGUUGGAGACUACGGAGAAGUUUCUGGCAGAGACGAGAUGAAAGCUGAAAUUUUUACCAACGGGCCCAUCAGUUGUGCGUUGAUGGCGACUGAUGGCCUGGAGCGAUACGCUGGAGGGAUUUUCUCCGAGUUUCACCCUCUCUCUCUGCCAAAUCACAUUGUGUCUGUAGCUGGGUGGGGCGUGGGCGAAGAUGGGAUUGAGUACUGGAUCGUCAGGAACUCCUGGGGAGAGUUCUGGGGGGAACACGGCUGGGCGAGAAUUGUCACCAGUGCCUUUAAAGGAGGAAAAGGCAACUGGUUCAACCUGGGCAUUGAGAAAAACUGUGCAUAUGGAGACCCUGUUGUAACAUAGAUGCUUAAUUGAAUUGAUCAAGCUUCAUCAUUUUUUGCUUAUUGAUAUAACUGUGGACAGUUUGGAAAGUUCAACGCUUGAGAGAAAAACUCUUUCUGUGCACUAUGCAUGAACAACAAUUUGCUGUUUUAUGUGGGUUUAUUUUUUUUAAAGUGCUUCUUGGCUGAGAGCAGUAAUGUCCUGAAGGCAGUUCAAUCCAAGAAAUUGUUUAGUACACAUCCCCCUGUAAAAGCCUCAGUCAUAACAUGUUAUUUAUGGACUUUGGUUUUUGCAUGAAAUAAACAGUAAUACAAAGUAACAGUGCACUCAGCUCAGAAUCUUAAACAUCUACAGAGUGUCUGAUCUUAAUAAUAAUUAAAAAAAUUAAAUACCAGCUCUCACUAAAGUAUACUUAGUGUUUAUUAAAGAGCAGGAAGAACGUGUUUCUGCUGUAAGCUGUCAUCAGCACCAUCAGCUUAAAGAAGUGCCUUGCAUUUGGGAUUUGCAGUAUUUACAGGUUAUCUGAGGAUCAAGCUCAGAAUAUGUGUGUUCAAUUCAGAGGAAGGGGCUGUAGCAAUAAGAUAUUUGUAGAUGGUUUAGAUAGAGCAAACAAUGUAGAAAAAGAUUUAUUAAAAAUAAUUUGUUAGCCCCUAAACCUCCCUCUAAGAGGGACUUCAAAUGCUCUUAAACAUCACCUUUAAGAAAUAAUAAAAAAAAAUAAAAUAAAGAUUCACAUCACUAAAUUGUGACUAAAAGGGAUUGUUUUUGCAUCCUCACAUUGGAAAGAAGUUCAAAGUUAAAAAUACUCUUGUAGAACCAAAUAUGUGAUCUACUUGUUGAAAUCAACAUAUGGGUUAGUAUACAACUAAAAAAAGAUUUUAAAAUGUGCUAGAUACCAAGACCCUGACUGCUGUUAGGUACAGGGAGUCACUGUCAAGUCAAUUUUAUUUAUAUAGCACGUUUUAAAACAACAGAGGUUGACCGAAAGUGCAGGUCCAGACCUCAUACUGGUGCAGUGGGCCCUGGAUUCCUCCUGGUGCAGGACUGUGCCCAGCCUCAUGUGGGCAGAGUGUGUAAACAAAUCAUGGCUUUUGAUAUCACUGACUGGCCCUCACAUUCUCCAGACCUGAAUCCAAUCAAAAACCUCUGGGACAUUAUAGAACAGUGCAUCCGACCCCACCACAUAGUGCCACACACUGCCGAGUUUACUGAUUCCGUGAUCCAGAUUUGGGAGGAGAUCUCCCAGGACAGCGUCCAAUUUUUGUUGAGACUUAUUUGGAACAAAUCCAGGAUAUUCAAUUCAAUUCAAUUUUAUUUAUAUAGCACCAAACCACAACAAACAGUCGCCUCAAGGUGCUUUGUAUUGUGGGUAAAGACCCUACAAUAAUAUCUGGAAUAUUUUUACAUUUUGGACUAAAUUAUAGCAUGCCAAUAAAUACAUGUGUGUCUAAUGAUGUGUCCCAAUUCUCAGUGUGGCCUCUGGGAAACUGAGUUUGACACCCUUGAGUUACACCUUGAAAACAAGGUUCAGUUGCCGUGCAGGGUGGAAAUCAGUCCAAGCAGAAAUCGUUCCUUUAUUAAUGGACUAAUUAAGUGACUUUCAGUGUAUUCAUUAAAUGAUUCUUCAAGGUUAAAAACAUUUACUAUAAAAUUGCUACAUAAUUUUCAAUUCACAGAACUUUGCAUUUAUAAUACUGAACCUGUGUGAAUAUUAAUAAUAGUGAUUUAAGUAAGCAGCAAGACUAAGAAUAGGAAAAAUAUUCUGAUAGAAAAACAUUUCAUUUAAUAGUCAUUUAGUUGUAACAAUGCCUGUAUUUUGAUAUACAUUCAUUAGGUAUUAUUAGGUUUUGUAUUAUGGGACUUACAUCUUAUACACCCAGGUAAAACAUACUAAGCUUGUACGUCAUGUCAUUUUCAACAACUCCUAGGGCCUAGAAGGAAGCUUCUGUUCAUUGACUCAAUUUUAAAUCCAAAAUGGAAUUUAAAAUAUUUCUCCUCACAUACAAAAUUCUGAGUGAUCAGACCACAUUAUCUUAAAGGCCUAAGAACACCAUACUGUCCUAGCAGAGCACUUUGCUUUCUAGAGUUUCUCCACUCACCUCCUUUCGCUCCCGAUGCCACUCUCACAUGUCACUCAUUUCUGUCUCCUGUAGUUCGUGUUUUGAGCUGUUUUUUGUUCUAGUCUCUUUCUUGUCUCUUUCCUUUUUUGCAUCAUGAUGCAUCAAAUGUUUUCUACUGGUAAAAAGUCUGGACUGCAGGCAGGCCUGAUCUGUCGCCGCCUUACCAUCAGAGAAGCAGGCUUUUGAAUUGAAUGCUGAUAACAAGCUGGAUGGUCCCUCUCCUCUUUAGAGGAGGACGCAGCAUCCGUGUUUCCCAAAAAGAAUUUCGAAUUUCAAUUUGUCUGAUUAUAAAACAGUUUUCCACUUUGCCUCAGUCCAUUUUAAAUGAGCUUUGGCCCAAACAAGAUGGCAGCGUUUCUGGAUCAUGCUCACAUCUGGCUUCUUCUUUGCAUGACAAAACAUUAACCUGCAUGUGUGGAUGGCACAUUCACUGACAAUGAUUCCUGGAAGUGUUCCUGAGCCCAUGCAUUGAUUUCCAUGAUGGAAUCAUGCUUGUUUUUAAUGCUGUGCCAUUCAGAGGUCUGAAGAUCACGGACAUCCAGCAUUGAUUGUAAGCCUUGUACCUUAAACACAAAGAUUUGUCCAGUUUCUCUGAAUCUUUGGAUGAUAUUGUAGAUGAUGAGAUAUCCAAAGUCUUUGCAAUUUCACUCUGAGGAACAUUAUUUUGAAAUUGUAGAUGCAGUUUUUUGCAGAUUGGUGAACCUCUGCCUAUCUUUACUUAUAAGAAACUGAGGUGUUCUCUUUGUACCCAAUCAUGUUGCUGACUUGUUGCCAGUUAAUCUAAUUAGUUAUAAAAUGUUCCUCCAGCUGUUUAGUAGCACUUACUUUUCCAGCUUUUUGUUCCCCCCAUCCCAACUUUUUUGAGACACGUUGUUGCUGUCAAAUUCAAAACGAUCCAGCAUUUUUCAUGGCAUAGAAAAUGUCUGUUUAAACAUUUGAUAUGUAUAAUAUGUAUAACUUAAUGAAACAAGAUGUAUAACAUGUUAAUCUGUGAGAUGUGCUGGCUAAUGGAUUUUGUUACUAUGGCAAUAGUAUCU